AUGGUUGAGCAAGCAACUGAUAUCGUCACAGACAACUUUCUUCUUGACAUGACUUCAUGUCGUCCGAUUUCACGAACUACUUUGUCUCGAUUCUCAUGGCACAAUUUGCUUAAGGAUCGAGUGAAUCCGGAUGUCAUACCCUUGAAUAAUGUUGUUCUAGAAAAAUACUUGUUCGCCGCUAGGUCAGUUUUAUUUUUGGGGUCUCAUGGCGCUAGUGUGUUCAAGCCACAGAGGCUAUUGGACCCCAACGCCACAACCCCUAACCACAUUGUCGUUUGA